UCCUGAUCAAUGCAGAACCCACGAUUUGUAACCACCUAGGUAUCCAUACACGUCGAAUCUAUUGAUGUAAUGAUGGACUGUGAGACGCAAGCUCCUGCCCUAUCGUUUUGCUGUGUCUUGGACUCUUGGGUUCCGCCUUGACACGCGUAAUUAACUUAGCUCACAUCUUCACGCGCAAUAACAAUGCCCCCGCACAAGAGGAUCAGAAGAGUCGAUAUCGACUUCACAUUGAGGCGCGUAUUUGGAAAAGACACGUUUAGGCCAUUCCAGCGCGAGGUCAUACAGGCCGCGCUCGAUGGCGAAGAUGUCUUCUUACAGGCAGCAACUUCAUUUGGAAAGAGCUUGUGCUUUCAAUUACCGGCUGUCGUCGACUACGGCUUGACUAUCGUGAUAUCGCCAUUACUGGCUCUGAUGAACAAUCAAGUCGCUUCUAUGCGUGCGGCAAAUAUCCAGGUCGCAACGAUCAACAGUACAACGUCUUCUGCUUCCAAGAAAGCCAUUCUAGAGGACCUCCAAUGCGGUCAUCCACUCACUCGACUCCUUUACGUGACACCGGAGUACUGCCAGAUGGAUCACUUUCGUCGUAUUCUUCGCGUGAUCUAUACUCAACAGGAACUCGCACGCAUCGCCAUCGAUGAAGCUCAUUGCAUUAGCGAAUGGGGUCAUGAUUUCCGACCAAGCUUUCAGUCACUCUCGUUCUUCAAAGAGGAAUUUCCAGAUGUUCCCAUCAUUUGUUGCACUGCGACUGCGACAUCAACGGUUCGAGACGAUGUCAUCGAGACCCUUAAGCUCAAUCCACGAACACUUAAGACGUUCAAUAUGUCCAGUUCACGACCGAACCUACACUAUGAGGUGCGGUACAAGAAUGAUGAAGAAGACCACUACCCGAACUUCUUAGAUUGGCUCCGUGCGGCCCACGAGCGCCGUAAGAAGGCAGAGCGUGCAGAGGAGCUCUCGACACAGAAUAUUCGAACUGACAACAUCCCUGGCAUCAUCUAUACAUUAUUCAGACGCGAUUGUGAAAUUCUUGCCGAACGGCUUCGUGGUGAUGGCAUCGGUGCCAAGGCCUAUCAUGCCGGCCUCCCUCACGCUGAACGAGCAGAGACGCUUACGAAUUGGGUUGCCAACAAGGAGGGCUAUGACGUAAUAGUCGCAACAACGGCAUUUGGUAUGGGCAUCGAUAAGGAGAAUGUACGCUUCGUGGUACAUUGGCAAAUCCCUAAGAGUUUCGAGGGCUUCUACCAGGAAGCUGGACGCGCUGGCCGUGAUGGCAAAGCCUCCGUAUGUAUCAUGUAUUACGGACGUGAGGAUCGAGAUCGCGCAGCUACCAUGAUGGCAAGAGAUGCACUACGGAAGGAGAAUGCUCCAGGUGCGAGAAAGAAUUAUGCUGGACAGCAAAAUGUGAUGCAACGAGCUCGCAGCAUGCAGGCGCUGGUCAGCUAUUGCGAGAACGUGGGAAGCUGUAGACACGCGAUUAUAGUCGCGUAUUUUGGAGACGGAGAUAAGCCAGUGUGCGAGUGGGCAUGUGAUUACUGCAAGGACAAAGAAGCCUUGCGGAAGAGAAAGGAGAAGGGAUUGGCCAGUGAGGAGUGGUGUUCUACACAAAAGGAGCGUGGAGCUUACGAUGCAUACUACGACGACUCCUGAGCAUGUUUCUGAAGACACCACGUGCUUUACGUCUACUCUACAUAAGUGUGUCUAACAUCUGGUGACAAUCUCUUGCUUAUGAGAAUUCGCGAGUUGGUAGCAUGAGUCAGAGUAUGGACCUCAUCAAGUCAUACCUGAGUUCCACGGACUUGACAUGAGUAUAGAAAUCAUCAGCAUCGGACUACGGAGCCACCGACAUCAUUGAGGUAUUUAGGUGUAGUACUCAAAGAAUACAAAGCUCAUUUUGAUCCAACUCCUGGGGCUGCAUUGUUGGUACAACAACGAUGCAUGCCGGCACCGGCAAAGGAGUAGGUCAAUACAACAUGUAUAUAACCAACCGUAUCACCACAAGCA